ACAUUGCACAGAAUUGCGUCCAGAUGGUUCUGAAAUACCUCCAGUGAGGGAGAGUCCACAACCACUCAGGGCAGUCUGCUCCAGUGCUCGGUCACCCGCACAGUAAAGUUCUUCCUUGUAUUCAGGCAUUCCCAGCACAGUCAGUGAAACUACCGUGGAUAACAGACCUCGAUCCAUUGCUUUGAGACAUCCAGUGCUUAUUCUUGCUGAGGGAAUAACAAAACUCUCCACAGCAUUUGGAGUUAUGGACAAUCAUAAUGGUUACCCCAAGAUUGUGCGCAAAAGUAACCUCAACAGUUGAAAGUCAUUGCUAUUGAUGAACGGCUGAGAGUCAUUUAUGAGGAUAAUGUUCAUUUUGAUAGGGACCUUCCGGAAUAUAAGACUCAGGGUGGAGUCUAUAUUCACAGUGACAGACUGACAGUCACUUCUCCUGUGCUCAUGUGGGUCAAGGCUCUGGAUAUGAUCUUGGAGAAGAUGAAGUCUUCAGGCUUUAACUUCUCUCAAGUCAGAGCUUUGUCUGGUGCUGGCCAGCAACAUGGGAGUGUGUACUGGAAAAAAGGAAGCAUCCAAAUUUUAAAGAAUGCAUCACCUGAACUGCCUUUACAUCAGUCACUAAAGGGGUGUUUUUCUGUCAGUAACAGUCCCAUAUGGAUGGAUUCCAGCACAGCUUCCCAGUGCAGUGCCCUGGAGGAAGCCGUGGGGGGAGCCCAGCACCUGGCGAGUAUCACGGGCUCCCGGGCCUAUGAGCGUUUUACAGGAAACCAGAUAGCAAAGAUUUACAGCCAGAAUCCUGAGGUCUACAAGCAAACUGAGAGAAUCUCCUUGGUUAGUAGCUUUGCAGCUUCCCUUUUCCUGGGAACUUAUGCACCCAUUGAUUACAGUGAUGGUUCUGGUAUGAACUUGCUGCAGAUUUGGGAAAAGGUGUGGUCAAAGUCCUGCCUUGAUGCUUGUGCACCUGGAUUAGAGGAGAGACUGGGACGCCCCGUCCCAUCCCAUUCAGUCCUGGGGACCAUUUCUCCAUAUUAUAGUCAGCGUUAUGGGUUUAGCCCAGACUGUAAAAUAGUAGCAUUUACAGGAGACAAUCCAGCAUCGUUGGCAGGGAUGAGGCUUCAAGAAGGAGAUAUUGCAAUUAGCCUUGGCACGAGUGACACAUUGUUUCUGUGGAUCCAAGAGCCAACUCCUGCCUUAGAAGGUCAUAUCCUCUGCAAUCCUGUUGAUUCUCAAACAUAUAUGGCACUUUUAUGUUUUAAGAAUGGUUCUCUGAUGAGAGAGAGGAUCAGAGAUGACUGUGCUUCAGGCUCCUGGGAUGAAUUCUCCAAAGCCUUAUCAUCAACUGUUGCUGGAAACAAUGGAAACUUGGGUUUCUACUUUGAUGUGAUGGAAAUUACUCCUGAAGCAGUUGGGAUUCACAGAUUCAACAGAGACAAUCAAAAGGUUCCGGGCUUUCCAAAGGAAGUGGAAAUACGAGCAUUGAUUGAAGGGCAGUUCAUGGCCAAGAGGAUUCAUGCUGAAAAGCUGGGGUAUAAAGUCUUGCCUAGAACUAGGAUUUUGGCUACUGGUGGCGCAUCCCACAAUAAAACAAUCUUGCAGGUCCUGUCGGAUGUGUUCAACGCGCCGGUGUACACCAUGGAUACUGCCAACUCCGCUUGCUUGGGAAGUGCUUACAGAGCAAUUCAUGGACUUGUAGCUGAGAGGAAUGUGUCCUUGGCUGAUGCCGUGAAAUCAGCACCAGAGCCCAGGUUGGCUGUUACACCCACAGCUGGGGCUGAGGAGCUCCCACUUGGAAAACGUGCCAACUGGAAGGAUUCAGCAGGCACAGGUCUUUGGUACCGUGCCCAUCCUGUGAAUUUCAGCACAUCUAAAGGUGCAGUUUGUGCUCUAUGGCCCAGCAGAUAAAGCAAAAGAGACAGU